UGACGCACGCGCCGCACAGCGCGGGGGUGCGCUGCGGGCGGAGGCCCAGGGCGGAGUGCGGGAGGAAGUCAGUGUGUGCGUGUCUGCGGAGAAGAGAAAGGACAGAGCGGCGGCGGGGCGCGGCACGGCACGGCGAGGCCAGCAGCCCGCUGGGGGCGCCGCCUCCUCCCCGCCCUAGCUGGAGGAUGGAAGUGACGACAGCGGCCGCGGAGGUCACUUCCUGCUGGGGUGGAUGAGGAGGAGCUGGAGACGCCGCGGAGGAGACCCGACCGAACGCAGACCGAGCCGGGCAGCGCAGGAGGGCAAAAAUGAAAGCAGGCUGUAGCAUCGUGGAAAAGCCAGAAGGAGGUGGAGGGUAUCAGUUUCCUGACUGGGCCUACAAAACAGAGUCCUCCCCAGGCUCCCGGCAGAUCCAGCUGUGGCACUUCAUCCUGGAGCUGCUGCAGAAGGAAGAGUUCCGCCAUGUCAUCGCCUGGCAGCAGGGAGAGUACGGGGAGUUUGUCAUCAAGGAUCCAGAUGAGGUGGCCCGCCUCUGGGGCCGCAGGAAAUGCAAACCACAGAUGAAUUAUGACAAGCUCAGCCGGGCCCUCAGAUACUAUUACAAUAAGAGGAUCCUUCAUAAAACAAAAGGGAAAAGAUUUACUUAUAAGUUUAACUUCAGCAAACUGGUGAUGCCCAACUACCCGUUCAUCAACAUUCGAUCAGGUGGUGUGGUUCCUCAGAGUGCGCCGCCAGUGCCGACCGCAUCCUCCCGCUUCCACUUCCCACCGCUGGACACCCGCUCUCCCACCCGUGACAUGCAGUCGGGCCGGUUCUCGGCCAGCUCCCUGACGGCGUCUGUCCAGGAGUCCAGCAACGGCACAGAUAGGAAGGUGGAGCUUGCGGAGCUGGAGGACAGCUCCACUGCUGACUGGCGCCGAGGUGUUGACCUCGUGUCCUCCCGGAAUGCAGUCGGAGGAGGAGGGAUCGGCCACCAGAAACGCAAGCCUGACAUAAUGCUUCCUCUUUUCACGAGGCCAGGGAUGUACCCUGACCCGCACAGUCCCUUUGCUGUCUCUCCGAUCCCUAGCCGAGGAGGUGUCCUGAAUGUCCCCAUUUCACCGGCCCUGUCUCUGACUCCUACAGUCUUCUCCUACAGCCCUUCACCAGGCCUGAGCCCCUUCACCAGCAGCAGUUGCUUCUCCUUCAACCCAGAAGAAAUGAAACACUACCUUCAUUCUCAAGCCUGUUCGGUGUUCAACUACCAUCUGAGUCCCCGGACUUUUCCCCGCUACCCAGGCCUCAUGGUUCCGCCAUUGCAAUGCCAAAUGCAUCCUGAGGAGUCGACUCAGUUUUCUAUCAAGCUGCAGCCUCCACCUGUUGGGCGCAAGAACCGGGAAAGGGUAGAGAACAGCGAGGAGCCUGCACCCACCAUGGCACCAGUGCCACCACGAAUUAAGGUAGAGCCCACCUCUGCCAUCUCUGAGAAGGAUCCUGAGAGCCUCAGGCAGUCAGCCCGAGAGAGGGAGGAGCGUUGCCAAGAAGAGGGUGCUGUGCUGAGCAGGACCACAGAAGAGGGGCAAGGCGCCAUCUUUGCCCGCCCCACUGCCCCGCCCGCCUGGCCCUCUGUACCCACUAGCACCCCAAGUGAAGAACCCCUAGAGGUGACCGAAGUCAGUGAGGACAGGCCUGGCAAAGAGCCCAGUGUGCCUGAGAAGAAAGAAGAUGCUCUGAUGCCCCCCAAGCUUCGGUUGAAACGGCGCUGGAACGAUGACCCUGAAGCCCGGGGGCCUCCAAGUAAGAACAGCAAGUUCCUCUGGAAUGGAUCGGGACCCCAGGGUCUGGCAGCAGCAGCCGCUGAUGCAUAGAACUACAAGUGUGUUGGGAGCUGUUUCUGUUCUCAUGAAAUACAUCUGUGUAUUUAUGUGGCAGAUCUGGUGGCGGGGGGAGGGAGUUAGGCGGUUUGAGCACCCUGGGACGUAGACUUGUACCUUAUGUUGGGAUGGGAUAGGCAUCUUCUGUUGUGAAUUAGGUGGGAUGUGAACACACCUUUCCUGGUGAAUAGGAGACGAGGCGGGUAUUGAACUGAAAGGGGAAGGAACCUGUUUCCUGUCUGAGGCUUACAUUUCCCCACAAGGAAACUCCUAGAAGACCCAGGUACUCUGCUCCUGUGGUAGUUCAGGUUCCAGACUUUCUCUCUCUUUUUUGUAUUUAUAUAUAAAAAGCCAUUAAUGAGUUUGUUUUGCUCUGAGGGAGAUUCCUAAAAGGGAAAAGGUCAUGGUCGGGAGGUUAGCAGUGAGAGGCCAUUAAUACUAAGUAUUUUGCCUGAAAUGUUUCAUUAUAAUUAAUUAUUUCGGGGAGGAAUAAGAUUGUGUCAGUCCUACUGGAGCAGAGGCCUGUUCAAAUGUUGGUCUUUUUUCUUUUUUUACUUUUUCUUUCCUUUUGUUGUUUUUUGGCGUUUUUCUUUUCUUUAAAAAAAAAAAAAAAAAGUGAGUCAGGACACAAGACACAAGAGCAUCCUGCUAAUUAGAGUAGGUAGGAAGACAAGGAGCUGCACCCCAGGCUGCAGAGCCGAGGCAGGAAGCCUGCUGUGCAUGCCUUGGACCUUUCACUUACUUCACCUACUAAGCCAUGAGGAGUUAUAAACUCCUGUUCAGGGAAGAAAGAAGAGGGCAGGAGGAAGCAACCCAAUGCCUUUAAAAACAUGAAAAAAAAUGAUCCUCAUUUUUCCUUUUCCAUUAUGGGUUUGGGGAGCCAAACCAAAGUGUGACUGAGCAGGCUCAUCCAGAGGCGCGACAGUGUUGUCGAAGAUGUCUGUCCAUCCUGUCUGGGUCUCUCCUCGUUUUCUAAAGUCGAGCCUUAACUAUGAACAUACUCAAAGAUGAUACGGGUCUGUCAGCGAAAACCUGUACGGGGCAUGGACAGCUUCUCAGAUAAUCCCGGAGCGCUGAGACAUGGUUAAACUCCUAGCCGACACUUAAGUCUUUGCCUCUUGAUGUUACUGGGAUAGGUAGCAGAAGGGCAGGAUUGUGGGAGCUCCAGGUGGAUGGAGCUGGGAAACAUGGAAGGUACUGGGGGAGCAAGUGGAUGUUUGCGGAGCCUGAAGGGGGGCUGGAAAGAAGACACGGAGGCACCAAGUGCCAUGAGGCCUGGUGUGCGUGAAGGGGUGUCCUGCUGUGGGGUGCCAGUUUUGCCAUCCCCAUUGGCCCAGGUUGUUCCAGUCUCCUGAGCACUUGACUGUCUUGCAUAAGACUCCAGUUUACAAACAGCGAGGAAGUGUUUCUUCAUGGGAAAAACCCUUCUAGCAACUUCAAAGAAGUGGGAAAGUAUUGAUCUUAUGUGAAGCAAAAGACUAGGACUAGGAGCAGAGAGAAGCAGCAGCCACCGCUCUUCUGUGUGUGUGCACAGCUGUGGAGUCACCUAGCUGCGGCUCAGCUCCGCCUAGCGGAGCAGCAGGGGAGAGAAGCAGCUGCACAUCUGUUGAGGGCAAGGCAAGGCAUGAGAGUGGUGUCUAGGGAUUGGAGAGGCUCCUGCCUCCACCUUGGCGUAAGAGAACUCCAUAAAGUAACGUCCGAGGGUUAUCCUCCAGUGGUGGGGUAGGUUUUGGUUUUUGUUUUAACUGGAGUGCAUGCAUAAGAGAAGGGCUCAGGAAGGUGAGAACAGGUGAGAGAGACACUGGAUGGCCUGGGAUGACUUGAGUCCAGCAUGCUAUUUCUUGGCAGGUGUCCUCCCCUUGGCUUGAUCCAAAUUCCAUGAGUGACUCAUCUUUCCCCAGGAAAGGGACUGAGACAGUGGUCCGUAAAGACUUGGGCUCGGUCAGGCUGCCUUGGUGGUUGUGGUUCUUUCAAGCCCCGGCAGGUGGAGGAGGGCUGUGCUUGGCAUUGCCUGAUCUAACCAGGGAGGCCAGCUGGCCACCCACUGCCCCCAAGGGGAGGCCAGCAGGUGUCGGUAUGAACUCAGGAACAGAAACACGAGGCCUUUAAAAUAGGAAGAGAGAAAUCCAUGAUGCGUACCUGUAACCCCCUAGAACACAAGUGCCAGAAUAAAUUCUUAGAUGCUGCUUCUGUUUGAACAAAAAGUCACUGCUUUUACACUUGAAAAAA